AUGCUUCGUGGUACCAUUCACCGUUCACGGGCGAGGGUUCGCGACCAGCUCAGACCUUCCUCCAACGCCUCUGGUCCCCUCCUGUCGUGGACAUUAAAUAGGAGUCUACACCAGACCCGGACCCUUGAAAAACCCGAGCCGGCAACAGUCCCUCAGUCGAGCCAGAGUCUCCGCCGAGAAAAUCUUAAAUCCGCAAGACCCUUCUCUGACUUCUUGACUGAUUCCUUUAAUCGCCAACAUGACUAUCUCCGCAUCUCGGUUACCGAAAGGUGUAACCUCCGCUGUGUUUACUGCAUGCCCGAGGAAGGCGUCCCAUUAUCGCCCUCUCGAGAGCUUCUCACCACGCCCGAGAUCGUGCUCCUGUCUUCCGUCUUCGUUUCUCAGGGCGUAACUAAGAUCCGCUUAACUGGGGGUGAGCCGACCGUUCGUAGAGAUAUUGUCCCUCUCAUGCAUCAAAUAGGCGCUCUUAGACGCCACGGGCUUCGCGAGCUCUGCAUUACCACGAACGGUCUCUCCCUUCACCGAAAGCUCGACAGCAUGGUUGAGGCGGGUCUUACUGGGAUCAAUCUGAGCCUGGACACUCUAGACCCCUGGCAGUUCCAAAUCAUGACGCGGCGCAAAGGCUUCGAUGCCGUGAAGCGGAGCAUGGACAAGAUAUUUGAGCUGAAUCGGCACGGCGCCGAUAUCAAGUUCAAGAUUAACUGUGUUGUGAUGCGCGGCAUCAAUGACCGUGAAAUCAUGCCAUUUGUGGAUAUGACGCGAGAAAAGGAUGUCGAGGUUCGAUUCAUCGAAUACAUGCCUUUUGAUGGAAAUAAAUGGAACAAGACGAAGAUGUUGGGCUACUCGGAGAUGCUGGACAUGAUAAAGGAGAAAUAUCCCACCCUGGAAAAGGUUCGCGAUCAUCGAAAUGAUACGAGCAAGACGUGGCAUAUCCCCGGUUUCGCCGGCAGGCUUGGCUUCAUCACGAGCAUGACGCACAACUUUUGCGGCACUUGCAACCGGUUGCGUAUUACGAGUGACGGGAACCUCAAAGUCUGUCUUUUCGGAAACGCUGAAGUGUCGUUGCGUGAUAUCCUGCGGAAAAUCAACAACGGCGAGCCCAUCGAUGAGGAGGCCUUCGAUACGAUAAAGCAGGUUGUUAUGGGUCAAGGCCAGAGUCUUUCCCCAUCCGACCACGCCCCAGGUGUGCUUGUCAACCAAGAAGAGCUACUCAAUGUCAUUGGCAUGGCUGUCAAGCGCAAGAAAGCAAAGCACGCAGGUAUUGGCGAACUGGAACACAUGAAGAACCGGCCUAUGAUCCUUAUAGAUCCUACUCUUUCUCCUAGAUACCCACAACAAUCGCGUGGCUUUUUGGCGUCUCCCAUGCCACAAUCGCUCUGGGCUUCCGAUACUAUUGGAAGCUCCUUGUUCGCGGGAGAUCGGACUCUUAAUAGUUCGCGACCCUUCUCGACUACACGCUGUCUACGCCAGGAGGAGGAUAAAGAGGCACAUAUGGUAAAAGCGGCCGCUGUCAAGAAGCUGACUCACGUUUCCGAUUCGGGCUCUGCCCACAUGGUAUCCAUCACCGAGAAAGCAGUAACGUCACGCAUCGCCACGGCAGUCUGCAAGGUCAGGUUUUCGACAGAGGUAGCCCUCAAACUCAUCGAAGAAAACGGCAUGAAGAAGGGCGACGUCUUGGGCGUCGCCAGGGUGGCCGGCAUUAUGGCCUCCAAGAGAACCCCCGAUCUCAUCCCGCUCUGUCACCCUAUCCCGAUAUCGCAUGUCGCCGUAGAUCUGUCGCUGGACAAGAGCGGCAACGCGAUUGACGUCAAGGCAACGGUGUCGUGCGACGGGAAAACGGGUGUUGAGAUGGAGGCAUUGACGGCGACGUCUACGGCGGCUCUUACGAUUUACGACAUGUGCAAAGCAGUUGACAAAGGUAUGGUCAUUGAUGGUUUACGGGUCACGCUCAAGGACGGCGGAAAGAGCGGUAGAUGGGAGAUGCCUUGA